AUGCCGCCUGUUUCUGGAAGAAGAAGCCUUCACAGUGGCAUCUACGACUAUUCUAACGGCCAUUUCCUCAGCGAAAAGGACACCAUCGACACCAUCUUGCUCAGUGAUAACGGCAAGGACCUAAAGUGGCUAAGGCGCGAGGCUAGGUGCUUCCGAGAGGCCUGGCAUGACGACGACUACUAUAGCCUUGUCAGACUGAUUGCCUUUAGCUGUAAGCUCCUCUUGCUCUUUGCAAUGCGUUUUCGGACCCGCAAGCUAGGCCAGAUAGUAAUAGGGCUUAAGCAGGAGCUUAAGCGUCUAAGGGACCUUGAGAAGAGGCUUAUAAGAUAG